AUGCACCCUUUUUGUGCAGCUAGGCCCCUCUCCUCCAUGCCUUCUUUCUCUCUUCCCCCUCCCCCAAUCCACUGGGUAAGGGCAGGGCCUUACUCUCCCCCUCUUUUCUCCCUCCCUCACAUGCCUACCCCCUUAGCCCUCUCUGCAGCUGCGCAAGGCCCUUCCUCCAACCCUCAUCCUCUGCGCCGCUUCUCCUAUCGCAAGCUACAGCAGGCAGCUGGGUACUGGGAAACGCGUCCCUGCAGCUGGGCAAGGCAAGGGCCUUACUCCCCCCCACUCUCCCCCUUUUUUUCCCCCUCCCAGCGGGGCAAGGAUCUUCCUCCGACCCUCCUCCCCUGCGCCGCUUCUCCUAUCACGAGCUGCAGCAGGCGGCGGGCGGGGUACUUCAACGCGCCGGCCCUGCAGCUGGGGAAGGCAAGGGCCUUAUUCUCUCCCUCUCUUCUCCCUCCCGGCUGCAGCAGCGGGGCAAGGGCCUUCCUCUGGCCCGCCUCCUCCGCGGCGCUUCUCCUACCGCGAGCUGCAGCAGGCAGCAGGGUAUUUCAAUGCGCCCCUGCAGCUGGACAAGGCAAGGGGCCUUCCUCCAACCCUCCUCCUCUGCGUCGCUUCUCCUACCGCGAGCUACAGCAGGCAGCGGGGUAUUUCAACGCAUCCCUGCAGCUGGGAAAGGGCAGCUUUGGAACCGUUUUUCGCGGGCAGGUGGACGAGUGGCUGGGAGAGCUGCCACGUGGCAGCAAGAGAGAGGUGGCGGUGAAGGUGCUUCACACGGAGAGCGUCAAGGCGUUUGACGACUGCCUGGCGGAGAUCCUAGUGCUGGGCGACCUGAGACACCCCAACCUGGUGCAGCUGCUGGGGUACUGCAUGGAGGACAGCCGGGCGAUUCUUGUGUAUGAGCUGGUGGAGAGAGGGGACCUGCACCACUGGCUACAUCCCAACGACCUCUCCCCAGACAGCCCGUGCCUGACAUGGGAGCAGCGCGUGCAGGUGGCAGUGGGCAUGGCGGAGGGCAUGGCAUACCUGCACGGGCAGAACAUCAUCCACCGCGACUUCAAGUCCCACAACGUCAUGCUGGACAGUGAGCUUAGAGCGAAGGAGCUGAGAGCCAAGGUGACGGAUUUUGGCAUGGCGACACGGGGACCAGAUGAGGGCAAGACGCACGUGUCCACUCGCAUCAUGGGCACCCUGGGGUACCUCGACCCUGACUAUAUCGACACAGGCCACCUCACCCCGCUGAGCGAUGUCUUCUCUCUGGGCGUGGUUCUCCUGGAACUGCUCACCGGCCGAUCCCCCGCCACCACCGCCACCCACAACCGCCUCUUCCCCUGGAUCCACAAACAGCUGGCGCGGGGGAGGAAAGGAGGAGGAGACUCAGCAUCAGCAGCAGCGGCAGCAGCAGAAGGUAAUGACGAGCAGCAGCAGCAGCAGCAGCAGCAGCAGGAGGGGAAGAAGGCGGAUGGGUUUCAUAUAAGUCAGGUUGUGGACCCGCGCUUGAAGGGGCAGUUCUCGGCAAGUGCAGCGAAGAGGCUGCUGCUGGUGGCGCUGCAAUGUAGUCAAGAGGAGCCGAGCAAGCGACCUGGCAUGAACCGUGUGGUGGAGAGAUUGAGGGAGAUCGCUGCUGGUGGGGGAGGAGCAAGAGGAGCAGGAGGAGCAGAAGGAGCAGGAGUGCAAGGGGUGGCACGGGGAGGGGUGGCAGUGGCAGGGGUCGAGGUGGGAGAGGACGUCCACUCCUCCCCCUUGGUGGAUGAGUGGGUCAACCCCCUCUACACCACGACUGCUGACGACGAGGAAGCUGCCCGGGAGGCGGACGACGAGGACUGUGGGGACAUGCCCGCGGAGGAGGAGGAGGCGGAGGAGGAGGAGGAGGAAGAGGAGGAGGAGGAGGAGGCCGAGAUGGAGGCGGAGGAGGAGGAGGAGGAGAUCGAGGGGGAGGCAGAGUGGGGAGACGUGGAGGAGGACGAGGUGGAGUAG